AUGAAUGCCUUAAAUUUCUGCGGGGGAUCCGACAGCGUCAACGGAGUCUUUUUCGACCUACACCACCUGAUGGCAGACCAGUACCCGGUUUAUCCAUCAGCCAAUCCCUCCUCGAUUCACACGUUCUCUGUUGCUGAAAGACUUGCAGAGUUGAUACUGGAGGCCCGUUAUGGGAAUCAGCAGAAGCAGCGUCGGAGCCGCACAGCCUUCACUGUGUCUCAGUUACAGGCUCUAGAGAAAGCCUUCCAGCAGACCCAGUACCCUGAUGUAGGUAUGAGAGAGAGACUGGCUGUCUGCAUCAAUCUGCCUGAGGCUCGCAUUCAGGUGUGGUUUAAGAACAGAAGAGCAAAGUUCCGUAAGGGACAGAGAUGCUCCCCUCUUCCCAGAGAGAAAAGCCUGGAGGAACCAUAUCAAACCAAGGCAGGAGGGAAAGAGAGGAGUACCAAGGAUUCAAAAACACAAAGUGAAAUAGCUCCUCUCUGGGAAGUCAGUGAUGCUCCUACCAUUUCUUGUCCUGGAGACUCCAUUGUAUCUCAGAACCACUCAAGAUUACAUUCUCCUCCCAUUUUUCCCUUUGUGGGUGGAGAGCGGUACCACCUUCCACAUCAUCAGGCUUUAGGGAUGCUGUCAGCUGGCCUACAUUUCACCCCCACAUUCUGGCCCAUUCUACAGCAACACAGCCCGACUAUAGGAGUUGCCCCACUGGUUGGUAAAAACUGCAGCCUUUCCCUUCAGACUUCAUGUCCCAGUAAAGCUGUACCGAUCCCCAACCUGGGUCUAUAACUGCACUACCAACAACAACAACUUCUCUUCAGUGUGUGUUGGCAAAAAGGGACUCAAAGGAGAAAAUUGUACACUGCUGCACUGGUAUCAACAUGGACACAGAUAAACUACUGAUUUUAUACUUUGACUCUGUACAACUUUGUGAGUACAAUGAGCCUUUGCUAAUUGUCCUGUGCAAUUAGAGUGCAUCUGACAAGUGAAUAUGUCUGUAGAUAAGUUUGAUUAAGAAACACUCAAAGGGGCUAGUAUGUUGUGUUGUUGUGAGCAUUCGGGAUUGCAACCUGGAGUGGAUUGGUACAUGCUUCAUUUGCAUAAAGAUGUUACUUUGAGUUUUUACUCACUUAUCACAAGCACUUAGAAGAAUAGAGAAUUGUG